AUGCGACUGGGAGCAACUCCAAGAGGAUGGAUUAUAGUGGAGGUCCGUGAUCUAGAAGAAGUAUCAGAACGCCAUGUGAGUUUAAGCAGUGUAGUUGAUUAUGAUGUAAAAUGGAAGACAGUGAACGAUUACUCCCUAAAAGAUGCAGCUUCAUCAGCAUAUCAACAAGUGUGUGCGACAUAUCAUUCAUGGGAUAUUAGAACUGCAUUUUCUGCAAGAAUAUGUGCUCUUCCAUCAAGGGAACAACUUCUGCUCAAUUUAAAUGAAACUGAAGUAAGACUGUUGUUGACCAAGCUAAUGCCGUUGACAUGGCACAUGGAAAUGAGAUUGGGUAAAAUGGUCAUUUACUCACAUUCAGACACUUCAUUUACUUUCUUUAGUAAUGGCAUAAUGGGUGUCGCUCACUCUAUGCAUCAAGAUGUUGCAUUUCCCGUUCUACCCAUGUUUCUAUUAGAUUUAGUAGUUUUGCAGAUACAAGGGGACUUUGGUAUUGGUAUGACUCACCAAGAACUAGUUGACUCUCUUGGAACAAUUGCCCAAAGUGGAACUGCAAAGUUCCUCAAAGCCUUAAAGGAGAAAACUUGGAAAAAUGACCCCAGAUAA